CAAGUUUAUCCAGGAUAAAUAUUCUGGUUACAGUCGGCAUGCAGCUGCUUAUAUUGCUGGGGCAGUGUACGACAGCUCCCUUGUUCUUUCUGGAGCAGUUGGCAUAUUAAUUGACUACAUUGGACUGAGAGGCGUCUUCGCUGUUGGCUGUGCUGCCUUGACUCUGCCAGUCUUCGUUCUCCUGGCAUUUACCUUUGUUCCUCCGUUAGUCUCUACCAUCUGGUUGGGGGUUACUUACACCUUCGCUGCUGCUAGCAUGUGGCCAUCCAUACCUCUUGUGGUCCCCCAAGCAACUUUAGGGACAGCUAUGGGGCUUGCAACUUCUGUGCAGAUGAUUGGAGUUGGCCUUUCAAAUCUGAUUGUUGGGCACAUUCUAGGAACAAAGUCCAGUGAAUUAAAGAUCCCCCUUUGGCGCUGGCAACAGAUGAUGAUCUUUAUGUUGGCAAACACUGUUGCAUGCAUUGUUGCGUCCGUUAGCCUCAAUGUUGUGGACAAGAAACAGGGUGGGACACUGAACAGAACAAGAAAGGGAGCCCCUGUGGAGCAGGAGGAUGGAGACUCUACAGAUGCAGCACCGCUCCUUGAUGAUGAAACAGGAACUGAAGGCUCUAGCAGCUGA